AUGUCAGCGGUCCGUGCUACACACGAGCACGGCUUACAGCUCGUCGCAGCGCCUCCGCGCCAGGCCCCACACCAGGGCGAGGUGCUGAUCCGCAACAUUUACGUAGCCAGCAACCCAAAGGACUGGAAGCUCUCGGAGUGGAAUCUGUUCGAAGGGAUCGAGGGAAGCGAUGUCGCAGGGAUCGUAGAGGCAGUUGGCCACGGUGUCGCUGACUUGCGCCACGGCGACCGGGUCAUUGCAUGCACGCCCUCGGCUACCUCAGACAGAUGUGGGGCUUACCAGCCGUUUAGCAUCGCGCCCGAGCACCUCGUGGCCAGGAUCCCGCCUGCGCUCUCGCUCGAGGAGGCUGCGACGCUGCCGUUGUGCUUUGCGACGGCGUCGGUCGCGGUGCAUGGCGUGCUGCGGGUGGCCGUUAGUCAUCAAACACGUCCGAAAAUCCUUGUCAACGGCGUCGGCUCUUCCAUUGGCUUCUAUGCUGCUCAGCUGGCAAGGCAUGCCGGCCUCGACGUGCACGCAAUCGUGCGCUCGGCUUUCUCGGCAGCCAAGGCCAGGGCCGCAGGGAUCGAUAACGUCUACAUCUUCGACGACGACGUGCUGCAGCUAGAGCUUGCCAGGCUCGACUUUGCCUAUGCCUUUGAUGCCGUCUCGACCCCAGCGACGGUGCGAUGGCUGUGCGGCGUGCUCGCGACGUCGGCGAGCUGCACAUUCAGCGUGCUUGCUGGCGGCGUGCUCGACGAUGUAGCCGCCCUCGCCAGGGCCAACUGCCCACCCCACGUCGACGUUCGCACGACGAAUGCGGGCGCGACCAGCCAGACGCCUGACUCACCCUACGCCGAGACGGUACGACACUGGCUCAGCCAGGCGGGCGCUCUCGUGCUUGCGGGCAAAAUUCAGACACAGCCUCGUCAGGUGCUGGCCGGGGGUCUGGCAAGGGUCCCUGAUGGUCUAUGCUUGCUCCGCGAGGGCAGAGCCGGCAGCAAGAAGCUCGUUUAUCAAGUUGGGAGUGUGCACGGAUAG